CACAAUAUGGUGUUUCCUAGUAACACGUUACUCAUGUGAACAUUCAGUCUAUGAAGACAUAUUUCGCCCUUGGUUGAAAUAAAAUGGAAGAGUUAUACAUUCCUGACCCGCAGCGUCUCUCUCUGGUUACCAAGGAAACUGUUGAUAGGUUCACGUCCUGGGCUGAAAGCUCUUUCACUCCCGGCAGAAGGACCCAAGAUUGGCGCCAACGCUUUGCGCAUGGCCGUGGCACGACAAGUUCUCAUCAAGCUAUCCCGUCAGCCAACAGACGUGAAUGGUAUAUUCGAUGUAUUAGGACGUAUUGUGCUGACGGUUGCGUCAAGUUGUCUCAGGUGUCCAGUCCGUAUGUCAGAUACGUCACUACCCACACUUCCCCGUCCUCAGAGACAGGCAUUGAAGGAGUACGUCACGUUCGAUAGCCACUACGUCCAGAGACUAACGAAGAAGGUACGACUUCUUAUCAACCUGAUAGCACAACACCGCCGCGCCCUGGACAAUCUGAGCGAAACCCACAAGAGAUCACAAAUAAUCCUCACAGCUUUAGAUGAUUUGGAACAGGGUUUGAGGACUAAGGAAGCGGAACUUCUGGGCCUGAAACAGCGUUGUAUGUCAGGUGAUGUGUCCCGUGACGAAGUAGACGCUAAGGACCAGGAGGUGCGUGUCCUACACCGGAAGAUAAAACGUAAAACAACUUUGAUGGAUGGUGAACUGAUCCAGACGGAUAAGGGAAACGCUCUGACAAAAGAAAGAAAAAUCAGAGAAAAACUCAUAAUGGUGUAUGAUGAUGUCCUACACGACACAACGCACGAGAUCAUUGACCGCCUUACUUUCGGUACGAGGUGUGUCGGACAGGUCAUUGGCCGACUGCCGACGGACCUUCAAAACCGUGCGCUGAGGAUAACACAGAGCCUUGAUCUGAAGGCAACGGCCGAUAUUCUUCUCAGGGUCACCUCCAGCAUUUACGUGUUCCGACUAAUAAAAAUGUUGUGUCCGGAUGGUAACCUAGGAUACACUUAG